AUGUCACCCGUUCGAACCGUAUCAGGCGAAAGUGCGGUAGAGGCUCCCUCUAAUACCAUUGAGCAGCUCCAAGCGAUUACCGCCGACUACGUCAACUCACGUCUCACUGGUUCCUUGACAUCCCCUGAUCUGACGACCGCCACUUACACCGAGAAUUUCCUCCCUUCCACCAUCCAACGCAGUAUCUUCGCCUCUCCCCUUCGUGUCGACUACAACCGUAGCUUGCACGACACCACCUCGUGUGCUACGUACACUGAAAUGGUCGUCACCGACCCUCGCCAUCCAUACGUUAUCGGAACCCAGAUCAGGGUUGAUAAUACGACUGGAGAGGUGGUGAAGGUUGAGAGUCUGAUCACCGAUCAAGGUGAUUGGUUGUUCAACGCCACGGGUACAAAGAUGUAUGCGGAGAGGGAGGACUGGUUCACGAUUCCCGUUGGGAGGCGCGAUACGCGAGAGGCAAUCCAAGCCGCUGCGGACGCCUACCUCGACCUCUGGAAAGACAAGACGGUCGUCGUACCGUGGGGUACACCGUGUAACCGUCUCGAGGGUGGUAUCUACACCGGAAAUGGAUCACCCAACGACUCGUGCAAUGUGGGAGUACCGUCGAGGAUUGUGGAGAUGCCGGAUAGGAGUAAAGCUCCUGGCGAGAACAAAGUGAUGGGUCGCCCCCCUUCCGGCUUCCCGGGAUUGUCUUCGAGGGAAGAUCUUCCGAGAACGGAUUUGACGAUUGACCUCAUGGGCUCUGGGAGAGUAGCCAAUGACCCCAUGGGCUCUAAUCUCCCAGCCUCGACGUGA